GGUCAGCGGAGCUCCGGUCUGCAGGGGCAACAAUGGCGGGGCUCUGGGUCGGGGAGGCAGCGCUGGUCACAGCAGGACGGCGUGGACGGCGGUGGCCGCAGCCGCUGUUGCGGAGCGCGGCGCUAUGGACCCUGAAGCAUGUUCCACAUUAUUCAAGACGGCAUUUAGUGGUGUCUCGUAGUCUCUGUUCAGCGGGAUAUGAUUCUAAUGAAAAAACUUUUGAUAAAAUUCUUGUUGCUAAUAGAGGAGAAAUUGCAUGUAGGGUUAUUAAAACUUGCAAGAAGAUGGGCAUUAAGACGGUUGCCAUCCACAGUGAUGUUGAUGCUAGUUCUGUUCACGUGAAAAUGGCGGAUGAGGCGGUCUGUGUUGGCCCAGCUCCCACCAGUAAAAGCUACCUCAACAUGGAUGCCAUCAUGGAAGCCAUUAAGAAAACCGGGGCCCAAGCUGUACAUCCAGGUUAUGGAUUUCUUUCAGAAAAUAAAGAAUUUGCCAAAUGUUUGGCAGCAGAAGAUGUCAUCUUCAUUGGACCUGAUACACAUGCUAUUCAAGCCAUGGGUGACAAGAUUGAAAGCAAAUUAUUAGCUAAGAACGCAAAGGUUAACACAAUCCCUGGCUUUGAUGGAGUGGUCAAGGAUGCAGAUGAAGCUGUCAGAAUUGCAAGGGAAAUUGGCUACCCUGUCAUGAUCAAGGCCUCAGCAGGUGGUGGUGGGAAAGGCAUGCGAAUCGCUUGGGAUGAUGAAGAGACCAGGGAUGGUUUUAGAUUUUCAUCUCAAGAAGCUGCUUCUAGUUUUGGUGAUGAUAGGCUACUAAUGGAAAAAUUUAUUGAUAACCCUCGUCAUAUAGAAGUCCAGGUUUUAGGUGAUAAACAUGGGAAUGCCUUGUGGCUCAAUGAAAGAGAGUGCUCAAUUCAGCGAAGAAAUCAGAAGGUGGUAGAGGAAGCACCAAGCCUUUUUCUGGAUUCUGAGACUCGAAGAGCAAUGGGAGAACAAGCUGUAGCCCUUGCCAAAGCAGUAAAUUAUUCUUCUGCUGGAACCGUAGAAUUCCUUGUGGACUCAAAAAAGAAUUUUUAUUUCUUGGAAAUGAAUACGAGACUCCAGGUUGAGCAUCCUGUCACAGAAUGCAUUACUGGCCUGGACCUAGUCCAAGAAAUGAUCCGUGUUGCCAAGGGUUACCCUCUCAGGCACAAACAAGCUGAUAUUCCCAUCAGCGGCUGGGCAGUUGAAUGUCGGGUUUAUGCCGAGGACCCCUACAAGUCUUUUGGUUUACCGUCUAUUGGGAGAUUGUCUCAGUACCAAGAACCAAUACAUCUACCUGGUGUCCGCGUUGAUAGUGGCAUCCAGCCAGGAAGUGAUAUUAGCAUUUAUUAUGAUCCAAUGAUUUCAAAACUAAUCACAUAUGGUUCUGAUAGAAGGGAAGCACUGAAAAGAAUGGAAGAUGCACUGGAUAAUUAUGUUAUUCGAGGUGUUACACAUAAUAUUGCAUUACUUCGAGAGGUGAUAAUCAACUCACGCUUUGUGAAAGGAGACAUCAACACUAAAUUUCUUUCUGAUGUGUAUCCUGAUGGCUUUAAAGGACACCAGUUAACAGAGAAUGAGAGAAACCAGUUAUUGGCAAUAGCUUCAUCCUUGUUUGUGGCAUCCCAAUUAAGAGCACAUCGUUUUCAAGAAGAUGAAAAUUCAAGAGUGCCUAUUGUAAAACCACAAGUGGCCAACUGGGAGCUCUCAAUAAAACUGCAUGAUGAAGUUUAUAAUGUCGUAGCAUCCAACAGUGGGCCAACAUUCUCUGUGGAAGUUGAUGAGUCGAAACUAAAUGUGACCGGCACGUGGAACCUGGCUUCACCCUUAUUGUCUGUCAACGUUGAUGGCACCCAGAGGAUGAUACAGUGUCUUUCUCGAGAAGCAGGUGGCAACAUGAGCAUUCAGUUUCUUGGUACCGUGUACAAGGUGCAUAUCCUAACCAAACUCGCCGCAGAAUUGAACAAAUUUAUGCUGGAAAAAGCGGCUGAGGACACAAGCAGUAUUCUGCGCUCCCCAAUGCCUGGCGUGGUGGUGGCCGUCUCUGUCAAGCCUGGGGACCUGGUAGCAGAAGGUCAGGAAAUUUGUGUGAUUGAAGCCAUGAAGAUGCAGAACAGUAUGACAGCUGGGAAAACUGGCAAGGUGAAAUCGGUGCAUUGUAAAGCUGGAGACACAGUUGCAGAAGGAGAUCUGCUCGUGGAACUGGAAUGAAGUAUUUAUAGCCUUUCAGUCAUCACCCAAUUUAAUUAGCCAUUUGUAUUAUUAUUCUUUCACACUCAAUUUAUUCAAGCGUUUUGCAGGAACACCCCUGUGUAGCAGAUUUUACAUGGUCAUAUUUAUUCCACAUACAGUCAAAACCAACAUUUGCCAAAAAAUCACCAAUGGAAAUUUUUAUUGAUAUAAAUACUUGUACAUAUGAUUUGUACUUCUGCUGUGAGAUUUCCUAGUGUCUAAAUUAAAUCAAUAAAA